UCACAAUUAUGAAAUGUAUUUUAAAGUUUAUCAUUUUCCAUUUCAUAUUUGUCACUAUGAUCCAAAGAUCAUUGAGUGAACGAAUAUAUGAUCCUUAUCGUACAUGGAAACUUGAAGCUAACGAUAAUAAUGGACAUCGAAAUAGAGACGAUAAUGAGACUGACAAUGGUGAGCUACUAAUUGAGAACGAGAACAAACAAGUCAAUUCCGUUUUCAAAAAGCCAGAUGUAUCUGAUUUACUUGGAGAGAAUGGCUCUGGCGUACAAGAUACAAAAGAGGCAUCGCUUGUCACCAAAGUUUGCACGGACGAAAAUCGUAUAGAUCAUCAAAUCGGCGAAUCGUGGUCGUCAGAUGAAAAAUGUGAGAAAUAUAAAUGUGUGAAUGUUCAAAUAUCUCCACCAGGACGAAUGUUGACAAUGGCCAUAACGCAGACAACAUCGUGCAUGGAUUUAGAUAAAUAUCCAAUGAAACCAAAUUGUUUUAAGCAGGAAAAAGUGAAAGGAAGUUUUCCCCAAUGUUGUUCCAUAAUUGUAUGCUACGAUAUAGAUGGCAGUGAAAUUUCAAUGCAUACGUAUUUAAAUAUGCAUGUGGCAAAAAUGGACAAAAUGGCACGUAGACUUUUAGAACCAUUUAAAAGUGGAUACAGAAGAAAUAUUUUUUAAUACCACUUUUUGAAAAGAAGCCUUUUGACAGGUAAUAUUAAGACUUUGAGCUACCACCAAAAGGUCCACAUAAUUGUGAAUAUAAAA